GAGGACUGACAUGGAAACAGACAAAGAUUAAAAUGCCUGAAAGUAUGCUAUAAAUAUGGUAUUAGGGGAUUUGAUUCGAGUUUACCCUUUUAGCUUAUCAGGAAUGAUUGAUUAAGUAAAUCUCAAACACCAAAUAAGUUUGCAGUUGUCGCCGCUCUUCUUCUCUCACUUUUUAUCUUUUACCACUCCACUCACUCUUUCUCUGUUUCUUUUUGUUCUUUGUGUUUUUGAGUUACGAAAAAAGCACAAGUAGAAAAGGAUGGCAUCUGAUGAAAGUAUGACGGUUGUUUCCUCUAUGCGGGAAGAUGAGUUGGAUGAUAUUGAUGUUGGGUUUGAUCUUGAUCAUCACCCUCAUCCACAUAACUUGUCUAGGCUAUCCAUGUGCACUAGUUCCAUGUACGAGGAUGAGGAUGAUGAUGACCGCAUGGGGAUGUAUAUGUCGAGAUUGUCCAUGGAAAGCUUUGAUGCGGAUGUUGAGGAAGAGUUCUUCAGCAAAGACUUGCUUGAACUCUCGUCUGACUCUGACAAAGAACCUGGUUGUUAUUCUCUUCCGGCCACGCCACCUCGUCGGAAUCCGACUAGGGGGCUGUCUCAGCAGCUUAUGGGAGUGGUCAAAGAUUAUGCCAGUGAAAAUGAAGCUCUAAAGGGGGGUUUUGGAAGGCCAAAAGGGAGCAAGAAUUUGAGGAAGAGGAGGUUUAUAAGGGAAAGAUGGGCAGGCAAGGAGAGUAAAAGUGAUGGCAAAAAGAAAGAUAUGGAUUUCAUGGUGGGUUAUAGUAAUUACAGUGGAAGUUUUAGCGGGGAGAGUGAAGCGGGUAGUGCGGGUGUGGUGGUGAUUACUAGGCCAAAAGGAGGCAAGAGGUCGCUGUGUAUGGACCUGGAGGAAGUGAAGGCGUGUAGGGACCUGGGUUUUGAGUUAGAACAUGAGCUUAUGUUGGAGAUGCCCAGUGCCAGUCGUGUUUCACUCUCAGGUUCCACUCUUGAUACUACCAGUAGCGGUGGCAAUUCUCCCAUAGCCAACUGGCGUAUCUCUAGCCCUGGUGACGACCCCAGGGAUGUCAAGGCUCGGCUGAAGGUGUGGGCACAAGCAGUGGCGCUUGCAUCCUCAUCCAAGCAUUGCGUUUGACAAACUAUCAUCCACUACUAUUUUUGGUACCCAGUUUUAUUUCUUUUUCAUUUCAUUGAAAUCCUUAUGUCGGGAAGGAUUUAGUACAUUUUCUUCUUCAAUUUGUUUCCUAGAAAAGAAGUUUUCCAGAGAUUUAUUCGACCUUUUAUUUUUUAUUUUAUCUGUUGGGGUUGGCAGUAGAGAGAUUCGGGCAUCUUUUUUAAAUUACUAAUGUACAGCUUUCCGCUUGUAAAUAUAACACGGUUGAAUAUGGAGUCAAAAUGCCAAAUAGCAGGUUUAAACUA